AAAUGUUUGAAAGGGAGAGGGGCCGCACCUAGAAGUCAUUUUUGACUUCUGUUUUUUGCCAGCUUAAGGAGCUAGAAGUCAAACACAGCUAGUGAUGUUUUUAACUCUUAUCGGGUUAAAUGCCUUUAAGUUGCAGCCCCAGUUUUAAACUAGAGGAGUCUAGUGCCAUUCAAGCCUUACAUAUGCCAUUUCAUUUUUCGUUUGUUUUAGAUAGGGGAUGACACAACAAAAAUAGAAAAAAAAAAGGUGAAAACACAUCCCUGGCAAAGGCAUUUUACUUAUAUAUAUAUAUACAAGUAAUUCUUAUAAAUUAAUUAAUUUAAUUUAAUUAUUAAUUAUUAAUUGACUUCAACAGUGUCAGCAUCUAGUCUCUUUUAACAUUAUAGUUUCAACAAACUGAUAAGAAUAAAAGGAAGAUCAUAAAAAAAAUAUCAUGUCUACAAAUUUGCAAUCGCAUACUGAUAAAGUAUCACAAAAUCAUAGCGUUAAUUAUAACGAAGCACCAUAUGUUAAAACAUCAUUGAUAGAUGUUACUAACAAGUUACCUAUUGAACCACCAUGUCGUAUAUUAUUCAAAAACGAAUGGGAACAACCUUCAGGAAGUUUCAAAUUAAGAGGAAUUGGUAAUUUAAUCCAACAAUCAAUUUUACAAUAUAAGAGACUUGAAAAUCAAGAUAAAGAAAUUCAAGUAUUUGCAUCAAGUGGUGGUAACGCUGGUUUAGCUGCUGCGUAUACUGCUUUUUUUUAUAACUUGAAAUGUACUGUUGUUUUACCGGUUAAUUCUAAACCUAAGGUUCAAGACAAAUUAAAAGGAUGGGGUGCCAAACUUAUUUUACAAGGAUCUAAUAUUAAUGAAGCAGAUAAAUAUUUAAAAGGUAUGUUAAAUGAAAUUAGAUCCAAGGGAGAAAUAGAACCAAUAUAUUGUCAUCCAUUUGAUAAUCCAUUAAUUUGGGAUGGUCAUGCUUCUUUGGUUGAUGAAUUAACCAAUAAAAGUCAAAUCAAAGGAAUUGUUUGUUCAUGUGGUGGUGGUGGUUUAUAUAAUGGGAUUUAUGAAGGAAUGAUUAGAAAUAAUAUGGUUAAUAAUAAUAAUUCAAUUUUAUUAUUAGAAACUCAACAAGCUCCAACAUUAUUUGAAAGUUUAGAAGCUGAAAAAUUAAUCACUUUAAAUAAUGUCAAUUCAUUAGCUACUUCAUUGGCAUGUAGUUAUACUACUAAUCAAACCAUGGAAAAUUUCCAUAAUAAACAAUAUAUUGAAACAAAAUUAGAGUUAGUCGAUGACUUGGAUGCCAUAAAGAGUUGUAUAUCAUAUUACAAUCAAUUCAAAACUGUGGUAGAACCAGCAUGUGGAACAGCUUUAUCAGUUGUUUAUGAUAAAAUCGACUUAUUAUAUAAACAUUAUGGUAAACUUAACAAAGAUGAUGUUAUAGUAAUUGUUGUUUGUGGUGGAUCUUGUUGUAAUGAAUCUGACUUACAAGCAUUUGAGAAAUUAGUUAAGAGAUCUGAAUCUAGAUUAUAGAGAGUGAGAUUAAAUUGCAUAUGUAUAGUAGUAAUAUUAAUAAUAAUAAUAAUAUUUAUAAUAUUUAUAAUUGAAACUUUGUAAAAUAAUGUUAUUGAAUAGCAUUAUCAAAAUUGCAAAAAAACAAAAGAAAAAAUAUAGUAAAAAAAACCAAAUUGAUUCCAUCGAGGAUCGAACUCGAGACCUUCUCUGAGUGAGAGAGACGUCAUACCGCUAGACCAUAGAACCAAUUUUUCUGCAAAUUUUGAAAAAUACUGCGUGUUAAAGAGAUUAUAUCACGUGAUGUUUUAUCACGCUUUACCCCUAAUUUCA